AGUGAUUUGUAAAGAGCUAUAAGGUGAAAACUUCUGUCCCUAAAAAAAUUGAGGAAACUGGAUAAGUGCUGAAAAAGAAGUUGCACUGCUAAAAAAUGGAAUAAUGAACACAGAAAGGUGCCAUCAGAUUGUGGUACCAACAAUACAUCGCAAGCAUCAGAUUGGCAACAGCUUAAUUUUUAAGCAUGACCGAAAUCCCAAACACACUGCUAAUGCAGUAAAAGCAGUUUAGAAGGAGUUUCAGUAAACCCAUUUUCCUAGCAGAAUACAAAGAAUGAGGGGGGACUCAAGUAUCCUCAGGUUUACUGCUAUUGUAAGAGCUUUGUGUCUUUUGUGUUUUAAAACUGACUUCGGCAGGAAUGACCCAGAAAAGUCAUGAUAUUCAAUACUUUAGCACACAUUAGGGUGGCACACAAGUAACGUGAUCUGACACUUUUUUGUUUUGGAUCCUUUUGUACGAUUUGUAAAAAACACAGGAAAAAAAAACAUCUUAUUACAUCAAAUAAGUAACACUAUAUCCUAUAUCUGUGUCCAAAUGCCAUAUAAGGAACGCCAGGGGAAGUUGAUGGCAUGUUAAAGGCAAGGGUGUUUCCAACAGCACCAGUCCAGUGUGGCUCGUUGUGAACAUUUGCACGUUGGUCGUCCACAAACCACAUAAACACCAUGACAUCUCUCCUGCUUGGAGCAGCGCUGCUGGGCAACUUGGGCAUCUCUGUCACAGCACAAGUGAUACUGCCUCGACCCAGCCAGGUGAGGUUUGACUCAGUGGACUAUAAAAACAUCCUGAACUGGACUCCACCCACCACGAACUCUUCUCUGCAGUACAACGUCCAGUGGAAGAUUUAUGGCGAGCCCGAGUGGAUCGAUGUGCCAGGCUGUCAAAAGAUCCGGAAGCACCACUGUGACCUCAGCGACAUGACCUCUGAGCCCAGAGAGUGGUACUACGCCAGAGUUGGUGCUGUGUCUGUGGCCACCAGCAGCAAAUCAGCCUGGGCCCUCUCCCCCAGAUUCAGCCCGCGUUGGGACACCAAAAUCAGCCCCCCUGUGCUGAGACUGAAUGUAACCGAACAACCAGCCAUUGUGGUCCGAGUGAAGCCCCCCCGAGACCUGGUCCGGAAGCUGCACAGCAAUUUGUACUACAAGAUCUACUUAACACACCCCAGUGGAGAAGAAGAGGUGUUUGACAUGAAGUGCUGUUCUCACAAGCUGACUCUGAAGGACCUGAAUCACAGAGAAGAAUACUGCCUCCAAGCUCAGAUCGUCCUCCCUCUGCAGGGCAAGCACAGCGCCCGCAGCUCUCUGAAAUGCGUCACUACCCUCUGACAACACAGACACAGCAUCGGCCAUCCCUUCAGCUUUAAAUAUCCAUCGCUACCUCGACGGCCACAGCCACACACAUCCGUGCAAGUAAAAGUGAUGCACUUUAUUGUACAAAGCAUUAAAGGCCUCAUAUGAAGGCAAACUUUCACGUUCACCGGAAGAGGAUUGCUUUUGUUUUUUUAAACUUAAAGAGUAUUUUUUUAAAUUUUUUCUAUUCAUGGCAAAAUAUUCUGAACUCACAGGCAGCUUUUCCUCUCCAUAAAUCAUAAAAAUAUUAUUGCAAUCUGGUGUGCUCGUUCACACAUGGUCAAGAUAUAUUUUCAACUUAUGUCUGUUUCCUCAUACCUCUCGCACGCAGUCCAGCAGUGAGGAUCAGCGAAUGCUGCUUUAACGUCUUUAUUAAGAGAGCUUUUUGUAAAGAAAAAAACUCUGCUAAAAGAAAACUGUAUGAGAAUGUACUGUGCUAAAUGUAUCACACUACAAAUAAAAUCCACUGUUGAAAUUGACCUCUGUCCUGUAAGUUGGACCCUUUUUGUACAAACAGUAAAGCUGGUGGUGUUUUCGCAGUUUUCUCAUCGUCUUCUCCUCUUUGUAUUUUAUUGCCUACAAAGGUAUAGUGUUACGCCUAUUUGUGCAGCCAUGAAUAUAUAGUUUUUUUAAAUUAAAGCUCAGUAAUAUGCAAAAA